UCCUCCCAUGCCAUGGAGACGGAGGCAGCAGUCCGCAUAUGGCAGAGAACCCCAUCCUACAAGACGUCACUGCGCUUUACAAAGUUUUUGAGCGAUGGAGAUAGCAAGGCGUUCACAGCAGUGUCCCAGGCCGACGUGUAUGAUGGAGCAGCAAUUGAGAAGGAAGACUGCACUAACCAUGUGGCGAAGCGUCUUGGCACUGGCCUUCGCAAACUCAAGACUCCGCUACCACGUGGGGAGAAGCUCAAGGACGGCACCAUCCAGAAGCUUCAAACAUACUACCAGAUAGCAGUGAUAAGCAACAGAGCCGACAUCCGCGGCAUGUAUUGUGCCAUAUGGGCAUCCUACUUCCACUCUUGCUCUACGAACACUGCUCACAGCCACAAGUUCUGCCCAGAGGGAACGACGUCUUGGUGUAAACACAAACGAGCCGAAGCCCUGGGAGAGCCUGCGCCAGACCACACCCCAACCCUGACCAAGGCCCAGGGGAAGGCAGUGCUCCCCAUCUACAGACGGUUGACUGACGAGAAGCUGCUGGCCCGCUGCAUCCGAGGGAAAACCCAGAAUGCUGCUGAGUCCCUGAACAGCAAGAUCUGGCUGCUCUGCCCAAAGACAAGGUUUGCCUCCCGGGCGGUCGUGGAAACGGCCACAGCGAUAGCAGUCCUGUGGUUCAAUAGGGGGCAUGCAAGCUUCGAACAUGUCUUGGAGGAGCUCGGAGUGCUUCCAUCUGAAGGACUUCUCACACUUGGCGACUCCCGUGACGAUCUACGGAUCCGGAGAAUGUCUGCCCGGCAGACAGCGGAGGCACGAGCCCAUCGCCGCAGCAUGGUCACGAAGGCCGGUCUCGAGGACUCUAGCCGCAAGGACCAUGAGGGAACAACGUACAGUGCAGGAGACUUUUAGACACUCUGCAUUCUCCCUAGGCACCCCGCUCCAGCCAAGUUUUGUGUAAUUACUGUUGCUCUUUGACGGGAAUACAUCUUUUGAACUUUCA